UCGUAGUCGGUCGGAUAAUUAUGAUUUGAACUAAACAUAGAUAAGAUCAAUUAUGUUUUAGUGGAAAUCAGUGAUAGCUUAUCUCUACAGUUGAUUUAAAAAUACAAAUUGAUUCGAUAUCAAAACAGACGACUUUGUUAAUUGUUUACGGCGUUUAAGAGUACUUCCUACUUUUCCAUUCGAAAAAAAAUCAUCAAAAUGUUGGAUAUUCUCUUGGAAUGUUCCCAGCAACAGCUGAGGACAAUGUUGGAUAUUCUCAAAUCCCAGCUACCGCGUCGUAUACAACAACACAAUUUCAUUUACAGUUAUCUCUAUCAUUACGAGCGCAUAAAUGCAAAUCGAGAACAUUUGAAAUCGGGACAAUGGAAUUUGAGACUCUACACGCAUCGCUAUGGUAAUCUGGAUAAUUGCACGCUAAUAAGUUUGAAUGGUUUUGGGGAUUACAUUGUCUUAUGUUUUAGCCUACAAGAAUCCCAAGAGGAACUGAGGGAAUGUCUUGCUAAGACAAAUUUAAUUGAAUGGCAAGCCAAACCGAUGUAUGUGAUAUGCGAUGAAAGCAUAAUUCCACUGAUGAAAGAAAUGCUACCCCAAAGAUUGGAUAUAGCUUGGGAAUGUUACUCUUUGGAGAACAUAAUGUAUAUAACAAAGGAAAAGAUUGCUGCACUAAAAGUAGACGAAAUACUUCCCGAAGAUUUGUAUGUUGCACACCUGGAUGCUGAAAAACAUGCUGUCACAAUUAACGAAAAUUGGAAGUACAAAAACGAAACCUCAUUGGGUUUAGUGCGACAAUCGAUCGAAUUCAAUGGUGGUCUGGGUCUGUUUCGGCGCGGUGAAAGUCAGCCUCUGUGUUGGAUCCUGGAGAAUGAAUUCUUGUCACCAGGAUUCCUCUAUACUAUGCCGUCGGAACGGCGCAAGGGCUAUGGCGCACUGAUUAUGAAACUGGAGCUUAAACGGUUACUCAAACUUCACAAUUUAGAUUUGUUUACCUUUGUCGUUGUUCACAAUGAACGGUCAAUGCAGUUACAUCGUAAACUGGGCUUUGAGAUUGCAACAAGCAUUGUUUGGUUCAAGAAGCCACAUUGAAGACAAUGAUAUGGUUGUU